CAGCGCAUGCGUGAACCAAAAUACUGACAGCCAGUGUGUGUGGUGACAGCUGUCCUGAUGAUAUCCAUGAACGCAUUGACCAGCGGUAACAACAGUCCGCACAGCACCAGCCACGGCAAGAAACACAAGAAAAAAGGGAAGAAACACCGAAAGGGGACCACCGAGGACAUCGCCAGUUUGGACACUGGGUCCCAGAUCCCGUCCUCAGAUGCUCUCUGCAACAUCCUCAACCUCCACAGGCCUGCCACUCCCCCCCAGACCCCCCCUCUCGACCUGGCCCGGAGCCUCCCUGACCUUCAACCCCCUGCCCCUCUGAACCUCUCCCAAACCCCUCUUGAGCCUCUGCCCCCCACCACCACAUUCAGCUUCUCGCAGACCCCACCCGAUCCCAAGCCCACCAGCCAUCUGAUCUUCUCUUGCACGCCCACUAAAUCUCAUUCCCUGGCUCCUGUCACUUUCUCCCAGAGCCCCCCCAGCCUCCAGCCCUGCACCCCAGUCUCCUCCCAGACCCCCUGCACCCCAGUCUCCCGGUCCAUCCCUAUCCCCCCCUCCUCCUCCUCUGACAUCCUGCCUUCUCCUGAGACUCCCGAGACACUGUACACAUCUAUUGCCCCGUCACUGGGGUUACCACCCAUUUUGUCCUCCACUCCUCCCACGUCAUUGGCUCCUGCCUCUCAGACCACUCCCCCUCAAGCUCUCAGCCCACCCCCGCCAGACUUCACUCCGCCCCCUCCAGAGCUGCUGGGAUCUGACGAUGAGGAGCAGGAGGACCCAACAGAUUACUGCAAAGGUGGUUACUACCCAGUUAAGGUAGGAGACCUGUUCAACGGCCGCUACCAUGUAGUGAGGAAGCUGGGCUGGGGCCAUUUCUCUACCGUAUGGCUUUGCUGGGACCUGCAGAGGAAGCGUUUCGUGGCCCUGAAGGUGGUGAAGAGUGCUCAGCACUACACAGAGACUGCUCUGGACGAAAUCAAACUGCUCAAAUGUGUGAGGGACAGCGACCCCACCGACCCCAAUAGAGAGAUCAUGGUCCAGCUGAUAGACGACUUCAAAAUCUCUGGAAUUAACGGAGUUCACGUGUGUAUGGUUCUGGAGGUUCUGGGCCACCAGCUGCUGAAGUGGAUCAUCAAGUCCAACUACAUGGGUCUACCCCUGGUGUGUGUGAAGAGCAUCAUCCGACAGGUUCUCCAGGGCCUGGACUACCUCCACACCAAAUGUAAGAUCAUCCACACAGACAUCAAGCCCGAGAACAUUCUAUUGGACGUUGACGAGGUAUAUGUCAGACGAUUGGCUGCCGAAGCCACCAUCUGGCAACAGUCAGGAGCCCCUCCUCCCUCUGGGUCCUCCGUUAGCACGGCUCCCAGGGAAUCUCAGGCGGGGAGGCUGUCUAAGAACAAGAAGAAAAAGCUGAAGAGGAAGGCCAAGAGGCAACAGCGCCUCCUGGAGGAGAGACUGGUGGACCUGCAGAAGUUGGAGGAGGAAGACGGCCCGUCUCCUACUGAUCCCGGCACCUCGUCCAACCCCCUACGCAGGCCCUGCGGAGACCAGGAGGACGGGGGGGACACAGACAGACAGACCAACCGGCUGUCCGUUGUCAAUGGCAACGGAGCUUGCCACCCCUGUGGAGGCUCCUCAUCCACAGCCAAUGCUAAGGCCAGUCCGGAGCCUGCCUCGUCCUGGUUGGACGACAGGUGUAAUGGUCAUGACCUGCUACGGUUCUCCAGCCCAGGCUCUGGCCUAUCGGGGAUGUCCAUCCUGUCGGCCACCUCAGACUCCGCCCUCUCUACCCUGUCUGGGUACUCCACUGGCAGAGACAGCCUCCAGUCCCCAGGCACGUUCAGUGCAGCAGACUUCCUGGUCAGUCCACUGGAGCCUGGGAAUGCAGACAAACUCCGCAUCAAGAUAGCCGACCUGGGAAAUGCCUGCUGGGUGCACAAGCACUUUACAGAGGACAUCCAGACGCGUCAGUACCGAGCCCUGGAGGUUCUGAUAGGAGCAGAGUACGGGACGCCUGCUGACAUCUGGAGCACAGCCUGCAUGGCGUUUGAGCUGGCCACAGGAGACUAUCUGUUUGAACCCCACUCAGGAGAGGACUACACCAGAGACGAAGAUCAUAUAGCCCACAUUAUAGAGCUGCUGGGCGCCAUACCCCCACACUUUGCCCUCUCUGGGAGGUACUCACGGGAAUACUUCAACCGUAAAGGAGAACUGCGCCACAUUGCCAACUUGAAGCCCUGGGGUCUGUUUGAAGUACUUCUGGAGAAGUAUGAAUGGCCCCUGGAGCAGACAGCCCAAUUCAGCGACUUCCUGAUGACCAUGCUGGAGCUUGUCCCUGAGAAGAGGGCUACCGCUGCACAGUGUAUGCAACACCCUUGGCUCAACUCCUAAAGGACUACAACUACCACUCAUAUCUCAAACUACAGCUACCAGGCUACCAGGCUACCACGUACCUCUUGGAAGAACUACUUGCUCUAAACAAGCAUACCUGGCUAAACACAAUAACUUCAACUACCACUGUUUGCAGUACGUCUUUCUCAGCUCUGAUAAGUGUGUUAAGACCACUUGUGGACACCACAACCCACCCAGCUGAGAUGAGCAUCUAUUUUUUGGACUAGAACUGAACAUAAUAAUAUACACAAACACACUAGGCCUACCAUGUCUUUACUGUCUGUCUAUGAAACUGUCUGUACAGUUAGAUCAGUCUGGACACCUGUCCAUCCAGGACUCUUCAAACAUGAAAUGUAAAAGUAUAAUUUAACUACUGUAGCUAAUAUAAAUGGAAGUAUCGUAUCCAUACUCUUAUUAAGCACAUAAGUAGCAGUAAGCUAAUGUCUACCAAUCUUUAAUUUAUUGAAGAAGCUUUACAACUGUGUAAAUGGAAAGAUAAAGAAUGAGGUAUUAUAUGAUACUGUAUAUGUAGUUUGUUUAAGUGUACGACCUUGUCCCCCAGUCACAUAUAUGUUAAAAUAGUGCCUUGAUAUGCCAGAUGUGAAAUGGAAAAAAAAAAUACAAAAAAAUAUAAUUGCCUUCACUUUUUUUUAUACAUGUCGCCAAACUGUGUGGAAUGCAUAUUUUGUGAACAUUAAAAGUAUAUGCGAAUAUGAAUGAAAGAACUGAACCCAGAGAUCUUACAACCUGUGUUCUUCUGAAAUAAAUAAAUCCUUUUUGAAAACUGGAUGCACAAGUGUUUAUUGUCAUACACAGAAAAUGGCUUUUAAAUUAGAUUUUUCUGCUGCUGCUACUUUCUAUGUCAUGGUUUAGAAACUGGUCCAGUAAAUGUAACAUCUCCAUCAGUAAUUUAUGUAAUUUGGUAAGUUACAAAAUGUGCCAAAAAAAAAAAAAAAGAUAUUUGCUCAAAGUGAUGUAUUUUUCCAAA